AUGUCGGCAUUGCCGUGCCUGAAUGACCACGAGUCCAAGCGUCGUGUCUCAACAGGCCGAACUCGACAGCACGCGGCCUUCGCUGUGUGGAAUCUGGCAGAGAAAGAAGGAGAAUCACGAAUGAAACCCAAUCCUGCAAAGCUCGCCCAGCAACACUUGGGCCACGAUAUGCGCACCUCUGCCUUGCGGUCGAGCCUUGCCGCGGCAACAGCUUUUGAAUCAAGAAUGGCAAUUGUUGCGUCGCGCUUCACCGCCACCGGCAAGUCCUUUCCGUCCGUCCCUCUUAACAGGCGAGUAUCAGCCAAGCCUAGUUCAAUCCUCGAACCCGGCAUUGCCAGCGAGCGUCUCUUUGGAGAUGGCUUGGCAUCAUUCAAACUGCCGCUGCCAGAUUCAUGUUUCGCUUCCAACUCGACGCUGUGCGUGGAAUCUGAGAUCCAACUCGGCGAUCUAGCUGUUCCCGAAGUAGGCGAAUCACGAAAGCGAUGGUUAAUUUAUCUAAACAGUCACGAGUCGUGGACGAAAGGGUUCGGCGUCACGCGCAAAAUGCGCGCGCCUGGCCAGCGCAUCCACGUCGUUUCAGGAUUCAAGUUUGCAAUUCACCUUACGAUCGCAACCAUGCGGAUCUACACCGCAGUACAGCCGCUGAUCGAGUUCGUGAUUCGUUCAUGGUCGGAACGCUUGUUCGUACUUGGCAAGCCAAGAGAGUGA